AUGGUUGCGGCGGAGAAGAUUUGGGAUGCGGCGGGGGUGGCGGAGAGCCACAGCUCCGAGAUUCCGUCGUCCUCCAUCACGAUCGAUCACUCUCUCGCCCUCCCCGAUAUGAAGCCUUUCAUCGUGGAGCUAUGCAAAGAUCUAUUCAAACAAUGGUCAGAUUUGGAGGAAUCAAGGUUCUCCCUUGAAAGAGUAUCUGGUGGAAUCACGAACUUGUUACUCAAGGUAUCCGUGAGAGAGAAAAAUGACAAUGUUGUUAGUAUCACAGUUAGAUUAUAUGGGCCAAAUACUGAAUAUGUGAUCAAUCGUGAAAGGGAGCUGCAGGCUAUCCCGUACCUUUCAGCUGCAGGAUUUGGUGCUAAGUUGCUGGGAGUUUUUGGGAAUGGCAUGGUGCAAUCAUUCAUUAAUGCUCGUACACUUACUCCAUCUGACAUGCGGCAACCAAAGCUUGUGGCAGAAAUUGCUAAACAGCUUCGAAAAUUUCAUGAGGUGGAAAUCCCCGGUUCCAGAGAACCGCAACUUUGGAAUGAUAUUUUCAAGUUCUUUGACAGAGCAUCAAGCCUCAAAUUUGAUGAUAUUGAGAAGCAAAAGAAGUAUGAUGAGGUUUCAUUUGAAGAAAUAAAGAAAGAACUUUCUGAACUCAAGGUACUGACAGAUCGUUUUAAUGCUCCUAUUGUGUAUUCUCACAAUGAUUUGCUUUCCGGGAACUUGAUGAUUGAUGAUGCAGAAGAUAAGCUUUACUUCAUUGACUUUGAGUAUGGAUCCUACAAUUACCGGGGUUUCGACAUUGGAAAUCACUUCAAUGAAUAUGCUGGUUAUGAAUGUGAUUACAGCAUGUACCCAAGCAAAGAUGAACAAUAUUACUUCUUCAGGCACUAUUUAAGACCAGAAAAACCAGACGAGGUUUGUGAUGAAGACCUUGAAGCUAUCUAUGUAGAGACAAAUGCUUAUAUGCUAGCUUCACACCUGUACUGGGCACUAUGGGCAUUAAUCCAGGAAAAAAUGUCCCCGAUCGAUUUCGACUAUCUAGGUUACUUCUUUCUGCGGUACAACGAAUACAAAAGGCAGAAGGACAAGUGCUUUUCGAUGGCACAGGCCAACCUUCAUGUACAUCUUAGCCCGACCGAAGUUAUUUUUCCUCCGACAAGCCGCCACCGGCGGCCACCCCACCACUUGAUUCUUACUUCCCACAACCUCUACCUUUCCCUCCUCCCCGCCGCUGCCACCGAUGCUAGAGAUAUUAAAAAACACUUUCUUCAUCUUGUUCCUCUCCAUCUUGUCGUCGCUGCGGCCGCCUUCGGGAAGCCCCAGCCUCAGCUCCGUUUCAAGUCCCAAACUGCUUUUCACGAUUUAUUUUUUCGCAGAAGAUGA